UUUACAUUCAUGCAGCUGGAAGAGAGAAACAGGGAGAGAGCGCGGUGAGUUGGGUCACAAAAUAGUUUCUUUCUUGACCACAAUAAUCGGUGACACCCUUACGUAACAAACAGUAAUUUUAAAAUUCAAUUCAGAUUCUCCGGGAAACAAAUUUCCUUCGACCCAGUAGGAAUCAUCUUUGGUCAGCUAUACAGAGGCCAUUCGUAAACCAUCCAGGUCCAAGGAAAAACAAAACAAAACAUUGCGCCAACCAAUAAGCGAAGCCAGGGCUCCCUCCGAUCCCUACUUUGUUAUCUGGAGGUGUCAGGUUUCACCGCGACGGCUUGGACUGGCCCUUGCCACCACCAAUAAAGCUUGCGCAGGGUUUCGACUUUGCAACCGCGGCCGAACGUCUCUGGGAUUUCUCCCCCAAAACAAGGAAGAGGUCCAAGUGGGGCAGCUGACGCUUUUGUUUUGCUUCAAGGCAAAAUCCUCCUGCAAAACUGCUACAGUUCCGGUUGUAACGCAUUUGAGCAGUGCGCCUACUGCAUAGUAGCGGCAAGGACCAGAGCCAAAGCUUGAGAGCUCGUUUAGGCGAUGGGAUCGGUGCUGAGCGGCGACGGACGGGAGACGGCGAGGACGCCGGAUGUUGGCAACCCCCAAGGCAAUAUUCAGUUCCCACAACCGUCAGAUCAAGCGGGAGACGUGGAAAAGCAGCAAAUUCCCUCUUUUGAGUGCGCCAUCUGCUUGGAAGUGUUCGACCAGCCUGUAAGGACCAAAUGUGGCCACGUGUAUCCUUGUCCUUUCUGUCAGAAUGAAUUGGAUGAAAAUGAUCUCUUGGACCAUUUUCUCACUUUUCACAGAACUGAAAGAAGACCAGUGUACUGUCCUAUCUGUCGUUUACUACCUGGUGGUGGUCCAAGUUACUACAUCAGAAAUUUUAUAAGGCAUCUUCAGCUGAGACAUACAUUCUAUUAUGAAGAUUAUAUUGACAUAAAUAUUGUAGAAGAAGUUCUUAUUGAAAGAGUUCUGGAUCGAUCAGUUUUAGAUUAUGUACAUGUGAAUAAUCCAGGUACUGCGUGAUCAUCAAUUCAACAAAGACAAAUGGAUUACAUUGUGAAUUAAAGCACUGGUUGUUUAUGCUGGUAUUAACUAACAUACAAAUUUUUUUGAAUAUUUAAUAUGUGAAACAUUCCAUUUCAAAUAUGAAACAACUGUACUGACUGCUCUAUUUAAAACUAUAAAUUUCAGGUUCAAAAUGAGAUAUUUCAAGAAUGAAACCUUUGUGUAUUCAUUUCCUUGUCUGUAAUUCAUUUCUAUAAUUGCUAAUUACAUUUAAGUUUCUAAACACUAUUUUCCUUAAACAGCAUAUAAAUAUUAGCUUCAAACUAAUUUUAAUUGGUUGUGAAUUACUGAGAUUAAAUGUAUACCAGAACCCUUCUCAAUGUAUAUAUCUUGAAUUCAUUAAUUAAUUAUUCAUUAAUUUCAGAUUUGGAGAACCUAUCUUUAAACAUUUUCAAGAAAUCUGUUUGGCUCUGAUCAUUCAUCCUAUAUGGUAUUACGCAAGUAAGAUAGAUCAUAAUGAAGAUCAAUUAAUAUCCAGAUUUUUAUACCACUAUGGUGAAAAAAAAUGUCAGAGGAAGUUAUAAAAGCAAAAUAUUUACAGAAAAUUUUACAUUUGCUUUUAAACAAGUUGGCAAGCUACAAAACUUGUUCUAAUUCUAAUUCAUGUGAUUUUUUUUCAACAUAUAUGUAAAAUAAAUCAAAUGAUUAGCUAUCAAAAUACAGUUUUUUCUCAAAUUAAAUACUUUAUGCCUGAUUCUUUCAGUAGGAAGUAAUUCUUCAGAAUACAAAUUAUUACCCAUUUUUCCAAAAGCAAAACUUAUUAUUGGGCUUUUUUACUUAUAGGUUUGAAAAAAGUGACCAAAGCUCAGAUCAUCUUGUGACUGCAUUUCUAAGAGGAAGACAGAAUCUUUACGAUCAUGAAAUUUUGCAAUGCCAAUGAGCAACUAUUUACUUUUUAAAACAUUGCAUCAUUUCACAGUGAGAAAACUAACUUGACAAACAAAGAGUAUAUCAUUACAUAGUCCUGGAGAAUUAAUUGGAUAUAUUAAUGCUGUAGCUUAAAUUGUCAGCUGUUGGACUUUCAUAUUUUUGUAAAACAAAACAUAAUUGAAUCAGUUAAAUUAUACUCAAAACUAGAACUAGUGAUACUGUCUUUCCAUCUUACUGUAUGCCAUAUUUCAUACUGUUUUGCAGAACUCUGUAAAACAAAUUAAUUUUACAUAGGAUCUUUUGAAAUUGUAUUUCCAGUAAUGCCAUUGACUAUAAAUGUUUUGUACAUACUGUACAUUCAUGCACAGUAAUAUGUGCUGAUGAAAGAUUAUAGAAAAGUUGUUCUUGCAAUAUUAGUGUAUAUAAAAUAUUCAAAACUGAAUUAUAUUUAUUAAUCAAGAACAAUAUGAAAGGGUGAUAGAAAAUUACCUCAAAACUAUAGACCUAUUAACUUGCUGAAUAUAGUCAGCAAACGGUAUGCCAGAUGUUUAUGUAGUCCAUUAGUGGAUUGGAUGGACUCUAAAACUAUUCUGGUAUGUAACAUUUCACCUAAAUCGUUCUAUUGUUUACCAUUUAGUAGAACAAGAACCUCUACAUUGAUUUUAGAUUUGCUAAAAAAAACUUCAGACUAAAGAGUGGUCA